GGCUGGGGGCCGCGCGGGCUGCGAGCGGCCGGCCAAGGGCAGCGGCGACGCAGCCCGCACUGGGACUGAGCGAGCGGCGACGCGCGGCGCCGAAAUGGCAGCGUCGAGCAACUCCAGCCUGUCCGGUUCCUCCGUGUCCUCCGAUGCUGAGGAAUACCAGCCUCCAAUAUGGAAAUCAUACUUGUAUCAGCUGCAGCAGGAGGCGCCUCGUCCCAAGAGGAUCAUUUGUCCCCGGGAGGUGGAAAACAGACCAAAAUAUUAUGGACGAGAGUUUCAUGGGAUCAUCUCCCGGGAACAGGCUGACGAGCUUCUUGGAGGUGUGGAGGGUGCCUACAUCCUUCGAGAAAGCCAGAGGCAGCCGGGGUGUUACACACUAGCACUAAGGUUUGGGAACCAGACCUUAAACUACCGGCUCUUCCACGAUGGGAAGCACUUUGUGGGUGAGAAGAGGUUCGAAUCCAUUCAUGACCUGGUGACAGAUGGCUUGAUCACACUCUACAUAGAGACCAAGGCUGCUGAGUACAUUGCAAAAAUGACCACAAAUCCCAUCUAUGAACACAUCGGAUAUGCCACUCUCCUCAGAGAAAAGGUGUCCAGAAGGCUGAGCAGGUCGAAAAACGAAUCAAGGAAAGCCAGUGUCACCAAUGAGGAGCACACACCAGUAGAGAAGAUCUCCUCGCUCGUCCGAAGAGCUGCCCUCACACGCAAUGACAACCACUUCAACUAUGAGAAGACACACAACUUCAAGGUGCACACAUUCCGAGGCCCACACUGGUGUGAGUACUGUGCCAACUUCAUGUGGGGGCUCAUCGCCCAAGGAGUCCGGUGUUCAGAUUGUGGGUUAAAUGUGCACAAACAGUGUUCCAAGCAUGUCCCCAAUGACUGCCAGCCUGAUCUCAAGAGGAUCAAGAAAGUGUACUGUUGUGAUCUCACCACGCUUGUAAAAGCUCACAAUACUCAGAGACCCAUGGUGGUAGACAUAUGUAUUCGGGAAAUUGAAGCAAGAGGAUUAAAGUCAGAAGGGAUUUACAGAGUCUCUGGGUUCACAGAACACAUCGAAGAUGUCAAGAUGGCCUUUGACAGAGAUGGUGAAAAGGCCGAUAUCUCUGCCAACAUCUACCCAGACAUAAACAUCAUUACUGGAGCCCUAAAAUUGUACUUCAGAGACUUACCCAUCCCUGUCAUCACAUAUGACACCUAUUCCAAAUUUAUAGAGGCAGCGAAAAUCUCCAAUGCAGAUGAGAGGCUGGAAGCUGUCCAUGAGGUCCUGAUGUUGCUGCCUCCUGCCCACUAUGAGACCCUGCGAUACCUGAUGAUCCACCUCAAAAAGGUUACCAUGAAUGAAAAGGACAAUUUAAUGAACGCAGAAAACCUGGGGAUUGUGUUCGGGCCUACCCUGAUGAGACCCCCUGAGGACAGCACUCUCACGACCCUUCAUGACAUGCGGUACCAAAAGCUGAUUGUGCAGAUUUUAAUAGAAAACGAAGACGUUCUGUUCUAAUCCAUCAGGGAAAUGAGCCGGUAACGCUAACGGAAUAAAAACGUUUCUUACACUUGA